GUGUCUGUGUGUCUGUGUGUCUGUGUGUCUGUGUGUGUAGCUGAGUGAUCGCUGUAUCACUGCAGUAAGCAGUUUGCCAGAGGAGCAGUUAGCAGUAGGCUGCAGUGACUCUACAGUGAGUGUGUGGAAGCUGGAGAGAGACUCACAGCAGUGUAUUACAUGUCUUUCUAAAGUUUCCUCGUACACUCUGAAGAGCAGCGUGAUGUUCCUGCACUACUGCACCACGCUGGUGGGAGUGUGUUCGGACUCCUCCAUUGUCGACAUUUUCCUUACCGUAGAAGGCAAACACGAAAGAAUUGAAAACAAUUAUCUAUACGACGGGACAAUUUUGGGAGUUUUUGGAAACGGAGAACACGGCAUGUGGCUGUUGGGAAUCCAUAUGGACUUUAUUAAACUGACUUACCUGCGCAUUCGUUUCGAUGGAGGAGAAGGUAAAAGAGAAGGAAAAAGAAGACGAAAGGGAAAAGAAAGACCAGAAAGACGACUGUCAUUGAAUGAUGAUGUUAACCUAAAUUUAGCUUUUGAUCCGACAAAGCGAGGGAAGAAGGAGAAGGAGAAAGACUAUCUUUCUGAUGAAGAUGAAGACUCGGACGAGGAAUAUGAGAGCAGGACCUACGCCAUCACGGCUGCUGCGAUGCACAAAGCACUGGUUGUAUGUGGAGAUUCAAAGGUCACAUGUGGUUUAAUCAGACGCCGACUCUGCGCAAAUGGACUCCGAAGACACCCGUACACAGUGACAGGAUCAGUGUGCUGCGUCUCACAGAGAGGAUCAUCAUCUCAGCCUCAUACGACAAAACCGUCAAACUGUGGGACAGAAACACUAAGAAACAGCUGGGUCUGUUUGUGUGUAAGGCUCCGGUCGAGGUGCUGCAGUUGAACCCGAAUGACCCGAAUCAGAUCGUAUGUGGAGACGCACUGGGGCAAAUCUACUUCCUGUCCUGGAGAGGAUGAUCAACACCUCCAUACUACACACACAGCAAUCUCACAUUCAACACUCUCAGAUCUGAAUUUAGCACUUUACCUCUUUGUACAAGUGCAAUUCAGUGCUGAAUUACUUUAAUACACCAAACUACACACACAUGCACUUUGUUUCUCUUUAGGGCUGAACGUUAUUUUGAACCAUUUACCCAAUCCUCAGAAACACAGCCUGAGAACAUUGUUGUAUUUUUACCAUUUAAACAAUACCAAAGAGCUGUAAAUAUGAAUAUGAAUAAAUAUGCAAAUGAGACUCUC